AUGGAAUCAAUAGGGUGCUUUGGUAAUUUCCUUGAGAAGGCCAAGCCUUACAUAGCCAUGAUAUGCUUGCAAUUUGGUUAUGCUGGAAUGAACAUCAUCACUAAAGUCUCCCUUAAUAAAGGCAUGAGCCAUUAUGUGCUUGUGGUCUAUAGGCAUGCCUUUGCUACUAUUGUCAUUGCCCCAUUUGCCCUUCUUCUUGAAAGGAAAGUGAGGCCUAAGAUCACAUUCACAAUUUUCAUGCAGCUCUUUGUUUUAGGACUUCUUGGGCCUGUGAUUGAUCAAAAUUUUUACUAUGCUGGGCUCAAGUUCACAUCCCCUACUUUUUCAUGUGCCAUGAGCAAUAUGCUCCCUGCAAUGACAUUCAUCAUGGCAGUCCUAUGCAGGAUGGAGAAAUUGGAGUUGAAGAAAUUGAGGUGCCAAGCAAAGAUAAUUGGGACAAUAGUAACAGUUUGUGGGGCCAUGUUGAUGACAUUGUACAAAGGCCAUGUUUUGAACUUGUUUUGGUCUAAUUACAAUACUCAUACUAAUAACACACAAAAUAAUUCUAAUAAUGUCAAAUCUCAAGCUUCUGAUAAGGAUUGGUUUAAGGGCUCAAUCCUCCUCAUCUUUGCCACCCUUUCUUGGGCUGCUUUCUUCAUCCUUCAGGCAAUUACAUUGAGGAAAUACACAGCUCAGCUUUCACUAACAGCAAUAGUGUGUUUCUUGGGAACACUUCAAUCUAUUGCUGUGACAUUUGUUAUGGAGCACAGGACAAAAGCUUGGGCUAUUGGUUUGGACAUGAAUUUAUUAGCUGCUGCUUAUGCUGGUAUAGUUUCAUCUGGUAUUGCAUACUAUGUGCAAGGUGUUGUGAUGCAGAAAAGAGGGCCUGUUUUUGUCACUGCAUUUAGUCCAUUUAUGAUGAUUAUUGUGGCAAUUAUGGGCUCUUUCAUCUUGGCUGAAAAGAUUUAUGUUGGAGGGGUUCUUGGGGCAGUGUUGAUUGUAAUUGGGCUGUACACAGUUUUGUGGGGAAAAUACAAGGAAUAUAAAGAGAAUGAGGCAGAGGAAAUUCCAGAGGCAGUGAAAGGGGAUAUUAUUAAUCAAAAUGCAAUAAUAAUAAUUGAGGAUAUUGAAGCAAAUAUUAGUGCUCAAGUCCAGAAAAAAUGA